AUGGUCGACGCCGAGCUCGUCGCGCUCUGCGAGGCCAAGGGCUGGCCCGGCCCGACGCCGAUCCAGGCCCAGUGCUGGCCCAUCCUCUGCGACGACCGCGACGUCGUCGCCGUCGCGGAGACGGGCUCGGGCAAGACCCUGGGCUUCGGCAUGCCCGCGCUGUCGAAAUUCAAGCAAGCGCUCGCGGGCCGGGGCAAGCGCCAGCCCGCGAUGUUGGUCUUAGCCCCGACGCGCGAGCUCGCGAACCAGAGCUUCGAGGUGCUCCAGGAGUUCUGCGGGAAAGUCGGGGCGACCGCGGCCGUCGCGUACGGCGGCGUGCCGAAGCACGAGCAGAAGCGGGAGAUCGCCAAGUGCGCGGCGCUCGUCGCGACGCCGGGCCGCCUCAACGACUUCAUCCAGGAGGGUUCCGUCGACCUGUCGAAGGUGUCUUUCUUCUGCCUCGACGAGGCGGACCGCAUGCUCGACAUGGGCUUUGUGCAGGAGGUGAAGAAGAUCGCCGCGGCCUGCGCCAACCCGGAGAAGCUCACGGCCAUGUUCAGCGCGACGUGGCCCACGGAGGUGCAGAACAUCGCCUCCGAGUUCCUCAAGCCCGACUUCGUGCGCGUCAACGUCGGCGCGGAGCGCGGCGCGGACGAGGGCCCGGAGGCGAACAAGCGCAUCGACCAAUCCGUGAUCGUCACGGAGGAGCGGUCGCGCGACGGCCGCCUGCUGGAGAUCCUCAAGCAGCGCUACCAGUCGGGCACGUCGGCCAGCUACGCGACGGCGCGCCUCAUCGUCUUCGGCCUCUACAAGAAGGAGUGCGCGCGCCUCGAGACGUUCCUCAACUCGAAAAAGUGGAAGUGCGUCGCGAUCCACGGCGACAUGUCGCAGGCCGCGCGGAACCAGGCCUUCGAGGACUUCAAGAGCGGCGCCGUGCCGUUGCUCGUGGCGACGGACGUCGCGGCCCGCGGCCUCGACAUCCCCAACGUCGAGCUCGUCGUCAACUUCUCGUUCCCUUUGACCAUCGAGGACUACGUGCACCGCAUCGGCCGCACGGGCCGCGCGGGCAAGACGGGCACGGCCAUCACGCUCUUCCACGGCGAGGGCCACGAGAAGGCCCUCGCCGGCGCGCUCCAGAACGUCCUCCGCGGCGCGGACAUGCCCGUGCCCAAGGAGCUCCUCAAGUUCGGCUCCACGGUGAAGAAGAAGCAGGACAAGAACUACGGCGCCUUCGGGCCCAAGCGCGGCAUGGAGGGCAAGACCGCGACGAAGAUCACCUUCGACUAA